UUUGAUGCACAUGGUGGAUAUUAAACCCUCAUUUUAAAACACUUUUUGAGCAAGAUACCACAAAAUAAAAAUGGCAAACGCAAACGAAGUUAAGCAGCCACUUUUUUCAACGGAGAAGAUAACAACAUUCCUCCGGACAUCAAAGGGGACUAUUUUAACUGCUGAAAUGGCCCUGUGUCUCCUUGUGAUUGUUUGCAAAGCAUCAUCUAUCAAAUGCUACUUGUGGAGCGCCGUUGUAGAGUUGGUUUGGGCUGUGAUCACAUUUAUUGUAUAUGCCCUGGAUUUGGACUUAGCCUUAAUAUUUUUCCCAUGGACGGACUUUUUCAGAGCGAUCACAGGCUCACUUUUCCUUUUCAUUACUUCAUUACUCUGUAUGACAGGGAGCUGGACAGAACCUGGACUGGUUGCUGGCAAUGUUUUUAGUUUGCUAGCAGCAGUGGUGUUUGGAUACGACACCAUUGUCACUAUUAAAGACAUAAAAAAUCUGAAACAGCAGGGUGUUGAUCUGGGUAUUGUGGUGACACGAUUUUAAAAGGACAAAAGUGUUGAAAAGUGAUGAAGAACAAAAUUCUGAAGAAAACUGUAUACAUACUAGUAAAGUAGAUUAACAAUGUUGUGCAUAUUAAUAUUAAAGAUGUGUCUUAGAUAAUUCCACUGCAGUUUGGUUUAAAAUGUAAAGAAUCUCAAAUAAAUAUAAUAAU